GUGUUGUCCGAUCCGCGGAGGGAUUAAAUGCACAGCAGCGGGACAAUGUUUUCCAGGAGCCUGAACGUGUGUGUGACCCUGUGUUUGUGGAUUACGGCGUUAACGAGCCCGGGAAGUGUGUGCGCGAGGAAGCAGGACGACUCUUUCUUCACUGCCAGCAUUUAUCGAGCAAGAUGCGCCUCGAGAUGCCUCAGUCUGCACAUCACUCGCAUCUCUGCUUUUUUCAAGCACUCUCAGAAUAAUGGGUCGUUGGUGUGGUGCCAGAAUCACAAGCAGUGCUCCAAGUGCCUGGAGCCCUGCAAGGAAUCCUGGGACCUGAAGGAAAACCAGUGCCAAGAUUUAUGCGAGCCCCUCUUUCCCAAGAAGCACUAUGAGUGUCUCACGAGCUGUGAGUUCCUAAAGUCGGUAGAGGGAGUGAAGCAAGGCGACUGCCCUGCCCCGGAGAAGGCCAGCGGCUUUGCGGCAGCCUGCGUGGAGAGCUGCGAGGAAGAUGGAGAGUGUUCAGCAGUCAAAAAGUGCUGCUCCAAUGGCUGUGGCCACACCUGCCAGCUGCCAAAGAACCUCUACAAAGGAGUCCCACUGAAGCCGAGGAAGGAGCUGGUGUUCUUGGAGCAGCCGUCAGGUCAGCUGGAGAUCCGCUGGUCCUCCAAGUUCAACAUCUCCGUGGAGCCUGUCCUCUAUGUGGUGCAGCGCCGCUGGAACUAUGGCAUCCAUCCCAGUGAGGAUGACGCCACAGAGUGGCAGACUGUGGCACAGACUGCAGAGGAGCGCAUCCAACUGGCUGACAUCAGAGCCAGCAGAUGGUACCAGUUCAGAGUUGCAGCAGUCAACGUCCACGGGACCCGCGGCUUCACUGCACCCAGCAAACACUUCCGCUCCUCCAGAGAUCCAUCUGCCCCUCCCAGCCCGACCAGUCUGCGUGUCACCAACGUGACGCUGGGUGAUGAAGGCCUGGUGACAGCUCGUCUCAACUGGACCCUGCCAGAGGAGCCCGAUAUUCCAAUACAUCACUACAAAGUGUUCUGGAGCUGGACUGUGCCCACCAAGUCAAUGGUGCCAUCCAAGAAGAAAAGGAGAAAGACCACCAAUGGGGCUCAGAGUUGGGUGGAUCUGGAGGGACUGCAACAAAACAGCAGCUACACUGUGGAGUUGCAGGCCGUCACAUACUGGGGACAGGUGCGGCUGAAGAGCUCCAAGGCCUCUCUGCACUUCAGUACCACCCAGAAUAACGACUCAGCAAAAUCAGUGCUCAAGUCAAAGAAGGAGGAGCUAUCCCCUCUCGGAUCGACCCUGGCCAAACGCCCUUCUGGCCCUCUAGAAGUAGGCACGCCCUUCUACCAGGAUGGCCAGCUGCAGGUCCGUGUCUACUGGAAGAACCGAGGAGACCCCACUGUGAGUCGCUACCAUGUCCAGUGGAUGCCCGAGUACUGCAGCCACAACGAGACCCGGGGACCAGAGAAAUCCGUCACGCAGGAGAACUACAUCAACCUCCCGGGUCUGCUGUUCUCCUGCAAGUACAAAGUCACCGUUCACAUGCUAAAGUCCAAGAGACGCUCCAAGGACGAGAGCACCACCUUCCUCACCCCAUCCUGCGCUACCAUCCGCAGCAAGACUCACAAACACAUCCCCUGCCCGGGGGAAGGAGCUCCGGGGCUUCCAAAGGUUUUGGCUAAGCCAGAGAACCUGACGGCUUCCUUCUCCAUCAACGAGGGAAACAUCACCGGCAACUUUCUCUGGCGUGUCUCUCGGGUGGCUCCAAAUCAGCGAAUCACAGGCUUCCAGGUCACUUGGGCCGAGAUCACCACCGAGAGCCGGCAAAACAGCCUGCCCAACAGCAUCAUCUCCCAGUCCCAGAUCCUGCCUCCAGAUCAUAACUUGCUCGUGGUUUCCAACCUGCGGCCGUCCACCUACUACAGACUGGAGGUUCAGGUCAUAACGACUGGAGGAGAAGGUCCCGCCACUGUCAAGACCUUCCAGACCCCCAACAUAUUACCAGUCAUACAACACCGACCCAGACUCCGGCAGCACCACUCCCAUCACCAGAAGCCGACGGUGGAGAGACACUGAGUUUGUGAGUCCCAGUUGGGAGAAGUACCAGUGGCUCUCUGCUCCUGUCUGUCAGGGAAGGAAUGUGUGGAACCAAACAGAAACACAGCGCACCAGACCAUGAACUGACCCCCCUUUUUUGCUCAUGAAAUAUGGGUCUAUCUUCUCCGGGCUCCACAACACGUCAGCUAUUCCUUCUUAACCCCUCUCUCUUGACUUGUAUGUCACCGGACGGGUUUGUCUGUACAGUAAAAGUUAUACUGCAAGGUCCUCCUAUUCUGCGUCGGUUAGUACACAGCUCCCCAGUUCACCCACAAGGAAGACAUGAAAUACCAGAUUAAAAAGUAAGAUCCAGGAAUCCCCUCCCCCUCCCCCUCCUCAGACCAUUGAUUGGAUUCAGUUAAAAGAAACACAAUUACUUUUGGAACUCGAAGACGGUUGAACGUGGACGGUUGGAAAUAUCAGAAACUGUAAAACAAUUGUUGACUCAUGAAGAAAGAAAAGUAGAAAUGCAUCUAUUUAUUUUGUGUUACCCACUCAAGAGGCGCUUAGGCAUACAGUCAGUACUGAUGGAUAAUGUAACUAAAGUCAUCGUCGUCUAACCCAGAAUAAUUCACGUAGUAUGUUGCAUGUAGUACAUUUGAUUUUAGAGCUGUAAAAGAAUUACUCGCUUCAAAUUGAAAGCCUGUAAUGGUUUUGCAUGACAACCGUUAGCAUUCUGUUGGCAUGAAAUAAUGUCUGUGUUACCUCUUUUCAAUAUGUUAGCAAUAUUUCAUUAACAGAUUAACAAAAGAAUUAUAUUGGAAGUAAUAUGUAAUGUUUAUUAAUGAAAUUAUAACUUGUGUGGAAAUGAUGAAUUGUACAUGUUCUUGGCUGUAGAAAUAUUUGUCGUGGAGCAGUCAGUGAAUGUCUAUAUUUAUUUAUGUGUGUAUUACAAAGUUUGGUUUGGAUGUGUGUGAAUGUGUAUGUUUUGUGCGUUUUAGUCUCCAAUUUUUGAACCGGCAAAAAAUCUUGUAAAGACAUUUUGUAAAAAUGGAAUUGUAAAUACAGUCUUAUGUUACAUGUUAUUUUUCCAUGGUAGAAAACUGUACAAACUGCUAAGUAAUAAAAUAAUCCUUAACCUGU